AAAAAAAAAUUUCCGUUUUAAAACCACAUUUUAAUGAUACUUACUUGUUGUGAGCUGCGAGUCGCUUCAUUUUUGAUGAAGUAAAAGUUUAGGCAUACCUACAUAAAAAUUAAGUUUAAAAUGAAAACUGAACUUUUUCUUAUUAGUUUUUUGGUAAUUAACGUAAAAUCUGACGUUUGUCUCCCUUCGGUAACAACGGUGAGUGGAUCACGGGCUGGUAAAAUUUUGUGUGCCGAUCAAUUAAUUUUUGAAGAUAACUUUGACACUUUGGAUUUAUCUGUAUGGCAACACGAACAUACUCUUACAGGCGGAGGAAAUUACGAGUUUCAAUAUUAUUGCAACAACAGAUCCAACUCGUACGUGGAGAAUGGUGUUCUACAUAUAAAACCGACGCUUUUAGCUGAUGAAAAAGGUGAAGCUUUUCUGAGCUCAGGCACUAUGCAAAUAUAUGGAGGAACACCAACAGAUCAAUGCACAAAUCCAAAUCAUAAUGGUUGUAGCAGAACAGGUACUCCCGACAAUAUUAUAAAUCCAAUUAAGAGCGCCCGUAUUCGUACGUUUGAAUCUUUUGCAUUUAAGUAUGGCAAAGUGGAAGUAAGAGCUAAAAUCCCAGCUGGAGAUUGGCUAUGGCCAGCUAUUUGGCUGAUGCCUAAAUACUACCAAUACUCAAGAUGGCCAGCGUCCGGGGAAAUCGAUAUAAUGGAAAGCCGCGGAAAUAGAGAUCUGAUAAAUAAGGCUACUGGCGAAAAUAUUGGUUCGAAGUUGGUGGGAAGUACUCUCCAUUUUGGACCAAACAGUAACUUUAACAGGUAUAGGCUAGCUCACUUUGAAGCAUCUUUAUCAGAAGGUUUCAACGCUGAAUUUCACAACUAUCAACUGAGCUGGACUCCAGAUGGAAUCACAUAUUCCAUCGACGAUGAAGUUAUUGGUGCAGUCCAACCAACACAUGGCGGUUUUUGGCAAUACGGCGACUUGAAUAAAACCAACUUGGAAAAUCCAUGGCGUGGGGGCACUAAGAUGGCUCCGUUCGAUCAAGAGUUUUUUUUGAUUAUAAAUUUGGCCGUUGGUGGUAUGUCAUAUUUUCCCGAUGAUGUUAUAAAUCCAGGUGGCAAACCAUGGUCCAAUAAAGCACACAGUGGGGCCACAGAUUUUUGGAAGGGCAGGGAACAAUGGUUACCUACCUGGAAGGAGGAUGGAAGCUACCAUUUUUUAGUCGAUUAUGUAAAAAUUUGUUUUUUGGUGAUUAACGUAAAUUCUGACUUUUGCCUCCCUUCGGUGACAACGGUCAGUGGAUCACGGGCUGGUAAAGUUUUGUGUGCUGAUCAAUUGAUUUUUGAAGAUAACUUUGACACUUUGGAUUUAACUGUAUGGCAACACGAACAUACUCUUACAGGCGGAGGAAAUUACGAGUUUCAAUAUUACUGCAACAACAGAUCCAACUCGUACGUGGAGGAUGGUGUUUUACAUAUCAAACCGACGCUUUUAGCCGAUGAAAAGGGUGAAGCUUUUCUGAGCUCAGCCACUAUGCAAAUAUAUCGAUGCACAAAUUCAGUUCAUAAUGGAUGUAACAGAACAGGUACCCCCGACAAUAUUAUAAAUCCAAUUAAGAGCGCCCGUAUUCGUACUUUUGAAUCUUUUGCAUUUAAAUAUGGCAAAGUGGAAGUUAGAGCUAAAAUUCCAGCUGGAGAUUGGCUAUGGCCAGCUAUUUGGCUGAUGCCUAAAUACAACAAAUACUCAAGAUGGCCAGCGUCCGGGGAAAUUGACAUAAUGGAAAGCCGCGGAAAUAGAGAUCUAAAAAAUAAGGCUACUGGCAAAAAUAUUGGUUCGAAAUUAGUGGGAAGUACUCUCCAUUUUGGACCAAAUAGUACCUUCAACAGGUAUAGGCUAGCUCACUUUGAAGCAUCUUUAUCAGAAGGUUUCAACGCUGAAUUUCACAACUAUCAACUGAGCUGGACUCCAGAUGGAAUCACAUAUUCUAUCGACGAUGAAGUUAUUGGUGCAGUCCAACCAACAGAUGGCGGUUUCUGGAAAUACGGCGAUUUGGAUAAAACCAACUUGGAAAAUCCAUGGCGUGGAGGCACUAAGAUGGCUCCAUUCGAUCAAGAGUUCUAUUUGAUUAUAAAUUUGGCCAUUGGUGGUAUGUCAUAUUUUCCCGAUGAUGUUAUUAAUCCAGGUGGCAAACCAUGGUCCAAUAAUGCACACAGUGGGGCCACAGAUUUUUGGAAGGGCAGGGAACAAUGGUUACCUACCUGGAAGGAGGAUGGAAGCUAUCAUUUUUUAGUUGAUUAUGUAAAAAUUUGGUCAGUUUAAC